AUGAAGCUCCUUGCUCGCAGCAAAGUCUUCUGGCCCGGAAUCACUGCUGACAUCGAAUGUACCGUCAAGGCGUGCGAAGCUUGCGCAACAAAUGCUAGGUCGCCCAUAAAAUGCUCGCUACAACCAUGGCCAAUUCCAACGAAACCAUGGUCUCGCAUCCAUUCCGACUACGCAGGUCCCGUCAAUGGGGCUUAUUACCUGGUUAUCGUUAAUGCCUUUAGCAACUGGCCAGAGGUCUUCAAGUCCUCCUCAAUGACAUCUGUCAAGACCAUCGAAAUGCUCAGAGAGACAUUUGCUCGGCACGGUCUCUGCGACACGCUCGUCACGGACAACGGACCUCAGUCCACCGCACAGGAAUUCAAAACCUUCUGUGAACAAUCAGGCGUUGAACAUAUUCUAACAGCGCCCUACUACCCUCAGUCGAAUGACAGGGCUAAGCGCUUCGUCGACAUCCUCAAGAAUGGACUGGAAAAGGCAACUGGAAACGCCGACCAGAAGCUUCGAGAGUUCCUCACUACCUACCGCUUCACACCGUCUUACAAGCUCGACAAUAAGGGUGCGAUUACAUGGAGGGCGGUACGCGGUUCUCUAGCUGCCUAG